CUCUUCUCCCUCAUCUCUCAUUCGUCCAAAUUCUACUCUGCCUUCACUCCGUUACUUCCCACGCUUGACUCAGGUUCUUCCAGCUUCCAGUCGCUCAUUGGACCCAAACAUGGGGGAGGAGGACGCGGACCACAGCAACUCGGCGCGGUACGCCGAGCGCGCCGAGAACGCGGGCAUGCUGCGUGCGACGCAGGAGGAGCUGGCCACCAAGAUCAAGGAGCUCCAGAUCUACGAGAGCAACUACGUGGGGCUCAAGAAGGACCUGUCGCGCUGGAAGAAGAAGUUCGAGUACGUGUUCCGCGAGAACGAGCUGUUAGCGCUGGAAACUGCGAAACUCGAUGCCUCGCACAAACAAAUUGCGUUCUUACAGCAAGAAAUUAAAUUCAAAGAGGAGGAAGGCGCAGCUCUACGCGGUCUAGUGAGCGCUCUCGAGGCCGCCAACAAGAAGCAGCGCGCCAAGCAGCUGGAAGCCGCCAAGGCGCGAGACUCGGAGAUCGAGGCGUUGGCAGCUGAGCGUAAGAGCAACGAGGACGCGGACGUGGCGCUGCAGGCGGAGCGGGAGGCGCGACAGGAAGAGCGCAAGCGCCACGCAGCCGAAGUGUCAGCACUUAAAGCGGAGAACGCUUUGUUACUUAAGGAUGUGGACCGCAAGGACGAGGAGCUACAACGACAUGAAGAGCAGGUUGGCGCCCACAAGGCGCGUAUUGAGGGUCUAGAACAGGCGCUUAAACAGGAGCAGGAGGCAGGCAUGAGUAGACUGAAGGAGAAGCAGGACAAGGUGGUGGAGCUGGAGAAUCAGAUCCAGCAGAUGCAGCUGAGACGCCGGUCCAGUGUGGCUGCGGCGUUAGCUCAGGCGGAGGAGGAAGGACGGGAUAUGGUGGGCUUCGGUCCUAAAGACCGCCUUAAAGCCAGCCAUAUUAGCGAAGGGGACGAGAACAGAGAGUACGGCAGCGACGAGGAGCCCGAUACGCCUCCAGGAACGCCACCGCCUAUCACGUCGGGCUUGUUACCGCCUGAAGACCCCACAGCUGACCAGACGAUUCGUGAUUGGACAGAAGACAGGAAGAUUAAGGCUGCCAGGAGCUUCGACGAGGCUCUGGAUCUCGACAGGCUGGAGGAAUUGAUCCGCAAAUUGCCCUACGAACACCAGGAAGGCGCCAGUCGAGUGCUUAUGGGCGCAUUGGACCCGGAUUCGACGGCUGAGCCCGUAAAUGAGUCGCAGAUUGUGCUGCGUCACUUAUCACAAGAGCGCCAAGCGGAGCUCAAGGAGUUUUUGUUGCCGUUACUUAAGGCCCACCCAGCACUGCGCAUCUCGUAUGCCACUAUGGAACGUCGCACUUUAGUGACAGAUGUGCGUAUCCAGAUUGAACGUCGUCGGGACUCGGUUCUGGGAGGCUUUGUGCCCGGAGAGAAGCGCUUUGGAAAGGACCACAUGUUCCUGGGUCCCUCUAUGGAAGACGUGGGCAAACUGGUGCCUCACAUGCCUCGUGCGAUCAGUACAGGCAGCAAAGCCAUCUACGUGUCGAAGCCCAAACAUGUGGAGUCUGCGAUGCCUGUGGCUGCGUCGUCUCCUCUAGAGAGAGGCAGCGAACAUACAGAGGAUAUGGACACAGCGUCCGAGUCGGCUGACGUGCCGGACGUCACCAUGUCCAAGCGCAAGUGGGGCGGACUGAACGCUGCCAAGUUCAUCGGCACAAUGGCGGCUGGAGCCAAACAGCGCGUGGCGGCGACUUUCAAGAACAGCAAGUUCACGCACGAAGGCACGUCGUGUCAGUUCUGUAAGAUGACGCCGAUUGUGGGCGAACGCUACUCGUGUGAGACGUGUGUGGGCUUCGAUCUGUGCGAGAACUGCUACUCGCUCGGCGGCCACGGCCUGGAGAACUCGGACGAGCUCUUCUAUCGCGUCCAGGAGCUCGUGUUGGCUCGCUGUCCUCGUCUCGCAGAAGAAGUGGACUUGCUGGAGCUCAUGCGCUUCGAGAUCUGUCGCUCGAACCUCCGGAAAUUCAGUUUCUGUCUCAAUUGGUUGGCGGAUAUUGUCAACGGCAAAACGUCAAGAGAUCUACAGGCGCGUGCGCUGGAGAUCCCGAGUAUCCGACGCGAUGUACGGAAAGUAUUCGUACCGUUGCUCAUGCGUGUGUGCAGUGAUCGUGAAGAUAUCGAGGUCAAGACGGAGUGGGAGCUGGAGGAUGAUAACCAGGCUCCUGUACGGAGUGUUGGAGGAGGCGUUAGCGAAGGCGACGGGCGAUUCCUCGAGACGCUCCGGAUCUGGGUGGCAGACCAGUACCGAACCACGUCUCCGUUUGUGGAGCGUAGUCUGCUCAAGUACAGAGAAGGUGAAGAAGGAGAGGAAGACGAGGACGGCAGUGAUGGAGAUAGUGAUGGGGGACACUCGAACGAGAAUGGAGCGGAACCAGAUGAACCGGAUGAAGACCCGUACGGCUCGACAGGCGGAAGCGUCGAAGGAGCUAGCAGUCAACCUGGCUUCGUGGAGCGCAAUCGUAUUCAUAGUGACGCGUUCUAGAAUGGCUAUCGGUAGGUGGACGAUAAGCGAAAUAAGGCACUAGUCUACCAACACUGCGACUUUCAUAUUUUAUUCUGGGUCUUGCAUGUUUGAUUUUUACUAUUACUAUGUGCAACCUCAAGGUGCC